GGCGGCUGCGGGCGGGCGCCGAGCGAGCGAGUGAGCGGAGCGGGCCGGGCCAUGGGGCGGCAGGCGGCGGGCGCGCUGCUGCUGGCGCUGGUGCUGCACGGGCGGCUGCUCGCGGUAACCUGCGGGCUGAGGGCAUAUGAUGGCUUGUCCCUGCCCGAGGAUGCAGAGACAGUCACAGUGGGCCGUGCUGGCUGGAGCUAUUCAGACCUUUCUGAUGAUGAGGACUUCCUGGCUGAUGAGGCCUCCGGAGAUGGUGUGGGCAGCGGAGACCUGGGCAGUGGGGACUUCCAGAUGGUUUAUUUCCGAGCCCUGGUAAAUUUCACUCGCUCCAUCGACUACAGCCCUCAGCUGGAGGAUGCAGGCUCCGAGGAGUUCCGAGAGGUGUCCGAGGCUGUGGUAGACACGCUGGAGUCAGAGUACUUGAAGAUUCCUGGAGACCAGGUUGUCAGUGUGGUGUUCAUCAAGGAGCUGGACGGCUGGGUCUUUGUGGAGCUGGAUGUGGGCUCCGAAGGGAAUGCAGAUGGGGCUCAGAUUCAGGAGGUGCUACACACCGUCAUCUCCAGUGGCUCCAUCGCCUCCUACAUCACCUCUCCCCAGGGAUUCCAGUUCCGACGCCUGGGCACAGCACAGACACCCCCGCCCCCCCUGGCCGCUGUGGUGGCCGCAGUGACACCAGUGCCCCAGUUCCCAAGAGUCUGCACCGAGGCGGAGUUUGCCUGUCACCGCUACAAUGAGUGUGUGGCCCUGGAGUAUCGCUGUGACCGGAGGCCUGACUGCAGGGACAUGUCUGAUGAACUCGAUUGUGAGGAGCCGGUCCCCCAGCUCAGCUCACAGCCAGCACCUCUGGCGGAGACACCACCUGUACCGUCCCAGCCGGAGGCAGCCGUCACACAGCAGCUCCCAGCCACCCCUGCUCCCCAGGCUGUGUUCCCCAGUCCAGGCAGGCCUGUGCCCUGUGGGCCCCACGAGGCCACGUGCCGCAGUGGGCACUGCAUCCCCAAAGACUACGUGUGUGAUGGACAGGAGGACUGCAGGGACGGCAGUGACGAGCUGGACUGUGGCCCCACCCCACCCUGUGAACCCAACGAGUUCCCCUGUGGAAACGGGCACUGUGCCCUCAAGCUGUGGCGCUGUGAUGGCGACUUUGACUGUGAGGACCGCACCGAUGAAGCCGACUGCCCCGCCAAGCACCCCGAGGAUGUAUGCGGGCCCACGCAGUUCCGCUGUGUCUCCACAAGCACGUGCAUCCCGGCCAGCUUCCACUGUGACGAGGAGAGCGACUGUCCCGACCGCAGCGACGAGUUUGGCUGCAUGCCUCCCCAGGUGGUGACCCCUCCCCAAGAGUCGGUCCAGGCUUCCCGGGGCCAGACGGUGACCUUCACCUGUGUGGCCAUUGGCGUCCCCACCCCCAUCAUCAACUGGAGACUCAACUGGGGCCACAUCCCCUCUCAUCCCAGGGUGACAAUGACGAGUGAGGGAGGCCGUGGCACCCUGACCAUUCGUGAUGUGAAGGAGGCAGACCAGGGCGCCUACACCUGUGAGGCCAUGAACGCCCGAGGCAUGGUGUUCGGCAUUCCCGACGGUGUCCUGGAGCUCAUCCCGCAGCGAGGACCCUGCCCCGAUGGGCACUUCUACCUGGAGCACAGCGCCUCCUGCCUGCCCUGCUUCUGCUUUGGCAUCACCACCGUGUGCCAGAGCAGCCGCCGCUUCCGAGACCAGAUCCGGCUGCGCUUUGACCAGCCCAAUGACUUCAAGGGCGUGAAUGUGACGAUGCCCACGCAGCCCGGCAUGCCACCCCUCUCCUCCACCCAGCUGCAAAUCGACACCGCUCUGCAGGAGUUCCAGCUGGUCGACUUGUCCCGACGCUUCCUGGUCCAUGACUCUUUCUGGGCUCUGCCUGAGCAGUUCCUGGGCAACAAGGUGGACUCCUACGGUGGCUCCCUGCGCUACAAGGUGCGCUAUGAGCUGGCACGUGGCAUGCUGGAGCCAGUGCAGCGGCCAGACGUGGUCCUGGUGGGCGCCGGACAUCGCCUGCUCUCCCGAGGCCACACGCCCACCCAGCCCGGUUCUGUGAACCUGCGCCAGGUCCACUUCUCUGAGGAGCACUGGGUCCAUGAGUCUGGCCGGCCAGUGCAGCGAGCGGAGAUGCUGCAGGUGCUGCAGAGCCUGGAAGCUGUGCUCAUCCAGACAGUGUACAACGCCAAGAUGGCCAGCGUGGGGCUGAGUGACAUCUCCAUGGAUACAACUGUCACCUAUGCUACCAGCCAUGGCCGCGCCCACAGCGUAGAGGAGUGCAGAUGCCCCAUUGGCUAUUCCGGCUUGUCCUGUGAGAGCUGUGAUGCCCAUUUCACCCGGGUGCCUGGUGGGCCCUACCUGGGCACCUGCUCUGGCUGCAACUGCAAUGGCCAUGCCAGCUCUUGUGACCCUGUGUAUGGCCACUGCCUGAAUUGCCAGCACAACACAGAGGGACCACAGUGCAACAAAUGCAAGGCUGGCUUCUUUGGUGACGCCACCAAGGCCACGGCCACUGCCUGCCGGCCCUGCCCUUGCCCAUACAUCGACGCCUCCCGCAGGUUCUCAGAUACCUGCUUCCUGGACACGGAUGGCCAAGCCACGUGUGAUGCGUGUGCCCCAGGCUACACGGGCCGCCGCUGUGAGAGCUGUGCCCCCGGAUAUGAGGGCAACCCCAUCCAGCCCGGCGGGAAGUGCAGGCCCACCAACCAGCAGAUUGUGCGCUGUGACGAGCGAGGCAGCACGGGGACCUCUGGAGAGGCCUGCCUCUGCAAGAACAACGUGGUGGGGCGCCUGUGCAACGAGUGUGUCGCUGGCUCUUUCCACCUGAGCACCCGCAACCCUGACGGCUGCCUCAAGUGCUUCUGCAUGGGCGUCAGUCGCCAGUGCACCAGCUCCUCCUGGAGCCGCGCACAGGUGCUGGGGGCCUCUGAGGAGCCCACCUCGUUCAGCCUGACCAACGCCGCGGGCACCCACAACACCAGCGAGGGCAUCUCGUCGCCCAUGCCCGGGGAACUGGUCUUCUCCUCCUUCCACAGCCUCCCGUCUGGGCCCUACUUCUGGAGCCUCCCUUCACGCUUCCUGGGGGACAAGGUGACCUCCUAUGGCGGAGAGCUGCGCUUUACAGUGACCCAGCGGCCCCAGCCUGGCUCCGCGCCUCUGCACAGGCAGCCGCUGGUGGUACUGCAGGGCAAUAACAUUAUCUUGGAGCAUCACUCUUCCCAGGAGCCUAGCCCCGGCCAGCCCAGCACCUUCACCGUGCCCUUCCGAGAGCAAGCAUGGCAGCGGCCUGACGGGCAGCCGGCCACGCGGGAGCACCUGCUGAUGGCACUGGCGGACAUCGACACCCUCCUGAUCCAGGCAUCCUACACCCAGCGGCCAGCGGAGAGCAGGGUCUCUGGCAUCAGCAUGGAUGUGGCUGUGCCUGAGGACACCGGCCAGGACCCUGCACUGGAAGUGGAGCAGUGUACCUGCCCACCUGGGUACCGUGGCCCAUCCUGCCAGGACUGUGACACAGGCUAUACACGCAUGCCCAGCGGCCUCUACCUGGGCACCUGCGAACGUUGCAGCUGCCAUGGCCAUACAGAGGUCUGUGAGCCCGAAACAGGUGCCUGCCAGGGCUGCCAGCACCACACAGAGGGCCCCCAGUGUGAGCAGUGCCAGCCCGGAUAUUACGGGGAUGCCCAGCGUGGGACACCACAAGACUGCCAGCCAUGCCCCUGUCACGGAGCCCCUGCUGCUGGCCAAGCCACCCACACUUGCUUUCUGGACACAGAUGGCCACCCCACCUGUGAUGCGUGUUCCCCAGGCCACAGCGGGCGUCAUUGUGAGAGGUGUGCCCCAGGUUACCAUGGCAACCCCAGCCAAGGCCAGCCAUGUCGAAGAGACGGCCAGUUGCCAGAGCCAGUCGGCUGUGGCUGUGACCCCCAGGGCAGCAUCAGCGACCAGUGUGACUCUGCUGGACAAUGCCAGUGCAAGGCCCAGGUGGAAGGCCUCACCUGCAGCUAUUGCCGGCCCCACCACUUUCACCUGAACGCCAGCAACCCGGUUGGCUGCCUGCCCUGCUUCUGCAUGGGUAUCACCCAGCAGUGCACCAGCUCUUCCUACACGCGCCACCUGAUCUCCACCCACUUUGCCCCUGGGGACUUCCAAGGCUUCACCCUGGUGAACCCACAGCGGAACAGCCACCUGACAGGAGGCUUCACCGUGGAACCAGUGCCCGAGGGUGCCCAGCUUACUUUUGGCAACUUCGCCAACCUUGGCCACGAGUCCUUCUACUGGCAGCUGCCGGAGACAUACCAGGGAGACAAGAGGGAGGCAUAUUUUGCGCGGAUGCGCCAGGCUCACCAGGUGGAUGAGGCCCAGAGGCGGAUGGAUGCCGAGAUCUGGCAGCUCCUUUCCAGCUUUGCUGCCCACCCCCACCCCCCUCCCCAGGGGCUCUCGCCCCAUCCCCAGCCGGCAGCUGCUGUGCAAGCAGCUCUGCUCUCCCCCUCCUCCUCCUCCUCCUCCUCCUCUGCUUCUCUGUCUUCCUCAGCAGGCUCUCAGUUCUCUCUCUCCUACAAAGGCUUCUCUCUGCUUCCUGAAAGCCUCUAUUAUUGGCAGCUGCCCAAAGUCUUCCUGGGGAACAAGGUGGCAGCCUAUGGCGGAAAGCUGCGAUACACCCUCUCCUACACAGCGGGGUCCCAGGGCAGCCCGCUGUCUGACCCUGAUGUCCAGAUCACGGGCAACAACAUCAUGCUGGUGGCCUCCCAGCCAGCGCUGCAGGGCCCGGAGAGGAAGAGCUACGAGAUCAUUUUCCGAGAGGAAUUCUGGCGCCGGCCUGAUGGGCAGCCAGCCACCCGUGAGCACCUCCUGAUGGCACUGGCUGACCUGGACGAGCUCCUGGUCCGGGCCACGUUCUCCUCGAUGCCGCUAGCAGCCAGCAUCAGCGCGGUCAGCCUGGAGGUCGCCCAGCCCGGGCCCUCAGAGGGACCCCGGGCCCUUGAGGUGGAGGAAUGCCGCUGCCCCCCGGGCUAUGUCGGCUUGUCCUGCCAGGACUGUGCCCCAGGCUACACACGCACUGGGAGUGGACUCUACCUUGGCCACUGUGAGCUGUGCGAAUGCAAUGGCCACUCAGACCUGUGCCACCCGGAGACCGGGGCCUGCUCGCAAUGCCAGCACAGCGCCGCCGGGGAGUUCUGCGAGCUGUGUGCACCUGGCUACUAUGGAGACGCCACUGCUGGAACACCUGAGGACUGCCAGCCCUGUGCCUGCCCACUGACCAACCCAGAGAACAUGUUCUCCCGCACCUGUGAAAGCCUGGGAGCUGGUGGAUACCGCUGCACAGCCUGCGAACCUGGCUACACUGGCCAGUACUGUGAGCAGUGUGCCCCAGGAUACAUGGGUAACCCCAAUGUGCGAGGGGGCCAGUGCCUGCCACGGGCAGACCAAACCCCGCUGGUGGUCCAGGUCCAACCAACUCGGAGCAUAGUACCCCAAGGUGGUCCCCACUCCCUGCGGUGCCAGGUCAGUGGGAGCCCACCCCACUACUUUUACUGGUCUCGUGAAGAUGGGCGGCCCUUGCCCAGCAGCACCCAGCAGCGACAUCAAGGCUCCGAGCUCCACUUCCCCAGCGUCCAGCCUUCAGAUGCUGGAGUCUACAUUUGUACCUGUCGUAAUCUCCAUCAUGCCAACACCAGCCGGGCAGAGCUGCUGGUCACUGAGGCUCCCAGCAAGCCCAUCACGGUGACGGUGGAAGAGCAGCGGAGCCAGAGCGUGCGUCCCGGAACCGACGUCACCUUCAUCUGCACAGCCAAGAGCAAGUCUCCGGCUUACACCCUGGUGUGGACUCGCCUGCAUAAUGGGAAACUGCCAGCCCGAGCCAUGGAUUUCAACGGUAUCCUGACCAUUCGCAGUGUACAGCCGAGUGACGCGGGCACCUACGUGUGCACUGGCUCCAACAUGUUCGCCAUGGACCAGGGCACAGCCACGCUGCACGUGCAAGCCUCGGCCACCCCGUCUGCCCCCGUGGUCUCCAUCCACCCGCCGCAGCUCACAGUGCAGCCUGGGCAGCUGGCUGAGUUCCGCUGCAGUGCCACAGGGAACCCCACGCCCACCCUCGAGUGGACAGGGGGCCCCGGUGGCCAGCUCCCUCAGAAGGCCCAAAUCCAUGGUGGCAUCCUGCGCCUGCCAGCCGUCGAGCCCUCAGAUCAAGCCCAGUACCUGUGUCGCGCCCACAGCAGCGCCGGGCAGCACGUGGCCAGGGCCGUGCUCCACGUGCACGGGGGCAGCGGGCCUAGGGUCCAGGUGAGUCCAGAGAGGACCCAGGUACAUGAAGGCCGCAGCGUCAGGCUGUACUGCAGGGCUGCGGGUGUGCCCAGCGCCACCAUCACCUGGAGGAAGGAGGGGGGCAGCCUCCCCCCACAGGCCCGGGCUGAGCGCACAGACAUCGCCACGCUGCUCAUCCCAGCCAUCACCACCGCCGACGCCGGCUUCUACCUCUGCGUGGCCACCAGCCCCGCGGGCACCGCACAGGCCCGGAUCCAAGUGGUCGUCCUUCCAGCCUUAGGUGCCAGCACCCCGCCAGUGAGGAUUGAGUCCUCAUCACCUUCCGUGACUGAAGGGCAGACACUGGACCUCAACUGCAUGGUGACAGGGCUGGCCCACGCCCAGAUCACGUGGUACAAGCGAGGGGGCAGCCUGCCUCCCCACACCCAGGUGCAUGGCUCCCGGCUGCGGCUGCCCCACGUCUCCCCAGCUGAUUCUGGAGAAUACGUGUGCCGCGUGGAGAAUGAGUCAGGCCCCAAGGAGGCCUCCAUCAUCGUCUCUGUGCUCCACGGCAGCCAUUCGGGCCCUAGCUACACCCCAGCUCCUGGUGGAGCCCCAGCUCCAGGCAGUAGCCAGCCCAUCCGCAUCGAGUCGUCCUCCUCUCACGUGGCCGAAGGGCAGACGCUGGAUCUGAACUGUGUGGUGCCUGGGCAGGCCCACGCCCAGGUCACAUGGUACAAACGUGGAGGCAGCCUCCCCGCCCGGCACCAGACCCACGGCUCGCUGCUGCGGCUGAACCAGGUGUCCCCAGCAGACUCAGGCGAGUACGUGUGCCGCGUAGUCCUCGGCUCUGGGCCCCUCGAGACCUCCGUCCUAGUCACCAUCGAGGCCACCGGCACUGGCUCCAUCCCCGCCCCAGGACCCGUCCCGCCUGUCAGGAUCGAAUCCUCAUCCCCCACGGUGGCCGAGGGGCAGACCCUGGAUCUGAGCUGUGUGGUACCCGGGCAGGCCCAUGCCCCGGUCACGUGGUACAAACGUGGAGGCAGCCUCCCCGCCCGGCACCAGGUCCGCGGCUCCCGCCUGUACAUCUUCCAGGCGUCACCAGCUGACGCAGGCGAGUAUGUUUGCCGGGCCAGCAGUGGUGUGGAGGCCUCCAUCACAGUCACGGUAACCAGGACCCAGGGAGCCAACUUCGCCUACCCUCCUGGUGGCACCCAGCCCAUCCGCAUUGAACCCUCCUCCUCUCAUGUGGCCGAAGGGCAGACCCUGGAUCUGAACUGCAUGGUGCCCAGGCAGGCCCACGCCCAGGUCACAUGGCACAAGCGCGGGGGCAGCCUUCCCGCCCGGCACCAGACCCAUGGCUCACUGCUGAGACUCUACCAGGUGUCCCCAGCCGACUCAGGCGAGUAUGUGUGCCGCGUGGUAGGUGGCUCAGUGCCCCUGGAAGCCUCCGUCCUGGUCACCAUUGAGUCUGCAGACUCUGCGCCUGCGCUGGGGGUCACCCCUCCAGUCCGGAUCGAGUCGUCCUCCUCACACGUGGCUGAAGGGCAGACCUUGGAUCUGAACUGCCUGGUUUCUGGGCAGGCCCACGCCCAGGUCACAUGGCACAAGCGCGGGAGCAGCCUCCCUGCCCGGCACCAGGUGCAUGGCUCAAGGCUGCGGCUGCCCCAGGUGACUCCAGCUGACUCCGGGGAGUACGUGUGCCGUGUGGUCAGCAGCUCGGGCACCCAGGAAGCCUCCGUCCUCGUCACCAUCCAGCAGCGCCUCGGUCCCUCCCGCUCCCAGAGUGUGGUGUACCCCGUCCGCAUUGAGUCGUCCUCAGCCUCCCUGGCCCAUGGACAUACCCUGGACCUCAACUGCCUGGUGGCCAGUCAAGCCCCCCACACCAUCACCUGGUAUAAACGUGGAGGCAGCCUACCCAGCCGGCACCAGAUCGUGGGCUCCCGGCUGCGGAUCCCCCAGGUGACGCCCGCGGACUCGGGCGAGUACGUGUGUCAUGUCAGCAACGGUGCUGGCUCCCAGGAGACCUCACUCAUCGUCACCAUCCAGGGCAGCGGCUCCUCCCACACGCCCAGUGUCUCCCCACCAAUCAGGAUCGAGUCCUCGUCCCCCACGGUGGUUGAAGGGCAGACCUUGGAUCUGAACUGCGUGGUCGCCGGGCAGCCCCAGGCCACCAUCACGUGGUACAAGCGUGGGGGCAGCCUUCCCACUCGACACCAGGCCCACGGCUCCCGUCUGCGGCUGCACCAGAUGUCCGUGGCGGAUUCAGGCGAGUACGUGUGCCGGGCUAACAACAACAUCGAUGCCCAGGAGGCCUCCAUCGUGGUCUCAGUCUCCCCCAGCACCGGCAGCCCCUCUGUCCCUGGCGGGGCCACGCCCAUCAGAAUCGAGUCGUCAUCUUCACACGUGGCCGAAGGGCAGACCCUGGAUCUGAACUGCGUGGUCCCUGGACAGGCCCAUGCCCAGGUCACAUGGUACAAGCGCGGGGGCAGCCUCCCCACUCACCACCAGGCCCACGGCUCACGGCUGCGGCUGCACCAGGUGUCCCCGGCGGACUCGGGCGAGUACGUGUGCCGCGUGGUGAGCAGCUCUGGCCCCCUGGAGACCUCAGUCCUGGUCACCAUCGAGGCCUCUGGCUCUGACACUGUUCUCGUCCCUGCCCCGGGCGGAGCCCCACCCAUCCGCAUCGAGACCUCCUCCUCCCACGUGGCCGAAGGGCAGACCCUGGAUCUGAAAUGCGUGGUGCCUGGCCAGGCCCACGCCCAGGUCACAUGGCACAGGCGCGGGGGCAGCCUUCCCGCCCGGCACCAGGUCCACGGCCCCCUGCUGAGGCUGAACCAGGUGUCCCCUGCCGACUCUGGCGAGUACUCCUGUCGAGUGGCCAGCAGCUCGGGCACUCUGGAGGCUUCUGUCCUGGUCACAAUCGAGGCCUCCAGCCCAGGCCCCAUUCCUGCCCCAGGACUGGCCCAGCCCAUCUACAUCGAGGCCUCCUCCUCCCAUGUGGCCGAAGGACAAACCCUGGACCUGAACUGUGUGGUACCUGGGCAGGCACAUGCCCAGGUCACGUGGUAUAAGCGUGGGGGCAGCCUCCCCGCCCGGCACCAGACCCACGGCUCCCGGCUGCGGCUCCACCACCUCUCCCAGGCCGACUCCGGAGAAUAUGUGUGCCGUGUGGUUGGCAGCUCGGGCCCUGAGCACGAGGCCUCCUUCACGGUCACUGUCCCGCCCAGUGCAGGGUCCUCGUACCGCCUUAGGAGCCCUGUCAUCUCUAUCGACCCGCCCAGCAGCACCGUGCGGCAGGGCCAAGAUGCCAGCUUCAAGUGCCUCAUCCAUGAUGGGGCAGCCCCCAUCAGCCUUGAGUGGAAGACUCGGAACCAGGAGCUGGAGGACAAUGUCCACAUCAGCCCCAACGGCUCCAUCAUCACCAUCGUGGGCACCCGGCCCAGCAACCACGGUGCCUACCGCUGCGUGGCCUCCAAUGCCUAUGGUGUGGCCCAGAGUGUCGUGAACCUCAGCGUGCACGGGCCCCCGACAGUGUCUGUGCUCCCCGAGAGCCCUGUGCGGGUGAAAGUGGGAAAGGCCAUCGCCCUGGAGUGUGUCAGUGCUGGGGAGCCCCGCUCUUCUGCUCGCUGGACCCGGAUCGGUGCCCCCGCCAACCUGGAGCAGCGGGCACCUGGGCUCGUGGACAGCCACGCGGUGCUGCAGAUUUCGUCAGCUAAACCAUCAGAUGCAGGCGUCUACGUCUGCCUAGCUCAGAAUGCACUGGGCACAGCGCAGAAGCGAGUGGAAGUAAUUGUAGACACGGGCACUGUGGCCCCAGGGACCCCCCAGGUCCAGGUAGAAGAAGCCGAGCUGACUGUGGAAGCUGGACACACGGCCACCCUGCGCUGCUCAGCCACAGGCAGCCCCACGCCCACCAUCCACUGGUCCAAGCUGCGCUCCCCGCUGCCAUGGCAGCACCAGCUGGAAGGUGACGCGCUAAUCAUCCCACGGGUAGCCCAGCAGGACUCGGGCCAGUACCUCUGCAACGCCACUAGCCCUGCCGGGCACGCUGAGGCCACCAUCGCCCUGCAUGUAGAGAGCCCGCCGUAUGCCACCACAGUCCCGGAGCACGCCUCGGUGCAGGCAGGGGAGACGGUGCAGCUCCAGUGCCUGGCUCAUGGGACGCCCCCACUCACCUUCCAGUGGAGCCGUGUGGGCGGCAGCCUCCCUGGGAGGGCGACCACCAGGAAUGAGAUGCUGCUCCUUGAGCCUGUGGCCCCUGCGGACUCAGGCCGCUACCGCUGCCGGGUCACCAACAAGGUGGGCUCAGCUGAGGCCUUCGCCCAGGUGCUGGUCCGAGGCCCCUCCGGCUCUCUCCCCGCCACCCCCAUCCCAGCAGGAUCCGCGCCCACCGUUCAGGUCACGCCACAACUGGAGACCAAGAGCAUAGGGGCCAGCGUCGAGUUCCACUGUGUCGUGCCCAGUGACCCGGGCACUCAGCUCCGCUGGAUCAAAGAAGGGGGUCAGCUGCCUCCCGGCCACAGCAUGCAUGAUGGGGUGCUCCGAAUCCAGAACUUGGACCAGAGCUGCCAAGGGACGUAUGUUUGCCAGGCCCAUGGACCAUGGGGACAGGCCCAGGCCAGUGCCCAGCUUGUUGUCCAAGCUCUGCCCUCUGUGCUCAUCAACAUCCGGACCUCCGUGCAGACCGUGGUGGUCGGCCAUGCCGUGGAGUUCGAGUGCCUGGCCCUGGGUGACCCCAAGCCUCAGGUGACGUGGAGCAAAGUCGGAGGGCGCCUGCGGCCUGGCAUCGUGCAGAGCGGAGGCAUCGUCAGGAUCGCCCACGUGGAGCUGGCUGACGCAGGACAGUACCGCUGCACUGCCACCAACGCCGCAGGCACCACCCAGUCCCACGUGCUGCUGCUCGUGCAAGCCCUGCCCCAGAUCUCAACGCCCCCAGAGGUCCGUGUGCCCACUGGUUCUGCAGCUGUCUUCCCCUGCAUGGCCUCUGGCUACCCCACUCCUGACAUCACCUGGAGCAAGCUGGAUGGGAACCUGCCGCCCGACAGCCGCCUGGAGAACAACAUGCUGCUGCUGCCCUCGGUCCAGCCCCAGGACGCAGGCACCUAUGUCUGCACCGCCACCAACCGCCAGGGCAAGGUCAAAGCCUUUGCCCAUCUGCAGGUGCCAGAGCGGGUGGUGCCCUACUUCACGCAGACCCCCCACUCUUUCCUGCCGCUGCCCACCAUCAAGGAUGCCUACAGGAAGUUUGAGAUCAAGAUCACCUUCCGGCCCGACUCAGCCGAUGGCCUCCUUCUCUACUCGGGGCUGCUGCUGUACAACGGGCAGAAGCGGAUCCCAGGGAGCCCCACCAACCUGGCCAACAGGCAGCCCGACUUCAUCUCCUUCGGCCUUGUGGGCGGGAGGCCCGAGUUCCGGUUUGAUGCAGGCUCAGGCAUGGCCACCAUCCGUCACCCCGCACCGCUAGCACUGGGCCAGUUCCACACCGUGACCCUGCUGCGCAGCCUCACCCAGGGCUCCCUGGUCGUGGGCAGCCUGGCCCCGGUCAACGGCACCUCCCAGGGCAAGUUCCAGGGUCUGGACCUGAAUGAGGAGCUCUACCUGGGUGGCUACCCCGACUAUGGCGCCAUCCCCAAGGCAGGGCUGAGCAGCGGCUUCAUAGGCUGUGUCCGGGAGCUGCGCAUCCAGGGUGAGGAGAUCGUCUUCCACGACCUCAACCUUACAGCGCACGGCAUCUCCCACUGCCCCACCUGUCGGGACCGGCCCUGCCAGAACGGGGGCCAGUGCCAGGACUCGGAGAGCAGCAGCUAUGUGUGUGUGUGCCCGGCUGGCUUCACCGGGAGCCGCUGUGAGCACUCACAGGCCCUGCACUGCCACCCAGAGGCCUGUGGGCCCGACGCCACCUGUGUGAACCGGCCCGACGGCCGAGGCUACACCUGCCGCUGCCACCUGGGCCGCUCAGGGAUGAGGUGUGAGGAAGGUGUGACUGUGACCACCCCUUCCCUGUCGGGCGCGGGCUCCUACCUGGCGCUGCCUGCUCUCACCAACACGCACCACGAGCUACGCCUGGACGUUGAGUUUAAGCCGCUGGCACCUGACGGAGUCCUGCUGUUCAGCGGGGGGAAGAGCGGGCCUGUGGAGGAUUUCGUGUCCCUGGCGAUGGUUGGCGGCCACCUGGAGUUCCGCUACGAGUUGGGGUCAGGGCUGGCCAUUCUGCGGAGCUCCGAGCCCCUGGCCCUGGGCCGCUGGCAUCGCAUGUCCGCAGAGCGUCUCAACAAGGACGGCAGCCUGCGGGUGAACGGCGGGCGCCCUGUGCUGCGCUCCUCACCCGGCAAGAGCCAGGGCCUCAACCUGCACACCCUGCUCUACCUGGGUGGUGUGGAGCCGUCCAUGCAGCUGCCCCUGGCCACCAACGUGAGCGCUCACUUCCGCGGCUGCGUGGGCGAGGUGUCAGUGAAUGGAAAGCGGCUGGACCUCACCUACAGCUUCCUGGGCAGCCGGGGCGUCGGGCAGUGCUACGACAGCUCCCCGUGUGAGCGCCAGCCUUGCCGCAAUGGUGCCACGUGCAUGCCCGCCGGCGAAUACGAGUUCCAGUGCCUGUGUCGAGACGGCUUCAAAGGAGACCUCUGUGAGCACGAGGAGAACCCCUGCCAGCUCCGUGAGCCCUGUCUGCAUGGGGGUACCUGCCAGGGCACCCGCUGCCUCUGUCCCCCCGGCUUCUCUGGCCCUCGCUGCCAACAAGGCUCUGCACAUGGCAUAGCGGAGUCCGACUGGCAUCUUGAAGGCAGUGGGGGCAACGAUGCCCCCGGGCAGUACGGAGCCUACUUCUACGAUGACGGCUUCCUCGCCCUCCCUGGCCGCAUCCUCUCCAGGAGUCUCCCUGAGGUGCCCGAGACCAUCGAGCUGGAGGUUCAGACCAGCACGGCCAGCGGCCUCCUGCUCUGGCAGGGCGUGGAGGUGGGAGAGUCCAGCCGAGGCAAGGACUUCAUCAGUCUUGGGCUUCAGGAUGGGCACCUUGUCUUCAGCUACCAGCUGGGCAGCGGGGAGGCCCGCCUUGUCUCUGAGGACCCCAUCAACGAUGGCGAGUGGCAUCGGGUGGUGGCACUGCGAGAGGGCCGGAGAGGCUCCAUCCAGGUGGACGGAGAGGAGCUGGUCAGCGGCCAGUCCCCAGGCCCUAACGUGGCAGUCAACACCAAAGGCGGCAUCUACGUUGGUGGAGCCCCCAACGUGGCGGCGCUGACCGGGGGCAGGUUCUCCUCGGGCAUCACAGGCUGUAUCAAGAACCUGGUGCUGCACUCUGCCCGGCCUGGCACCCCACCUCCACAGCCACUGGACCUGCAGCACCGCGCCCAGGCGGGGGCCAACACGCGCCCCUGCCCCUCGUAGGCACUGCCUGCCCCACACGGACUCCCGGGCAGUGCCCCAGCCCCACAGCGUCGACUAUAUUAUUAUUAAUAUUAUUAUGAUGAAUAUUUUGUAAGAAACGGAGGCGAUGCCACGCUUUGCUGCUACUGCCCUGGGCUGGACUGGAGGGUGGGCACGCCACCCCACACACACAGACACACCUGGGCAAAGCCACAGGCUGCUGGGCAGGGCGGGUCGCGUGGGAGCAGGUGCCUCAAAGGCUCACCAGGACUUGGGGUCGGGCACGGUGGCUGAGCAGGCUCAGAACUGCCCCCACCAACAGAGCCCCCCAGGGUAGUGCUGGGCUGCCCGUUUCUUCAGCCCUUGGGCAGCCCUCAUUUCUACAGGAGCCAACCUCGGCUUCCGGCCUGGAGCCUCACCAGCUACCCGGAGCCGAGGGCAUCGCAGUGGCCUUCGCCACCCUCCUCCGGGUUGGGAAAGCUCUUUAGUGCUAACUGUGGUGCAAAAGGCAGCUCACCCCUGGGCAGGCAGCCCCCAGCCCUGCCAGCCCAUGUCCCAGCCCCCCUCCACCUCCGCCUAGCCAGCCAGGCCACCUGCCCCUGGCAGCCUCCCCCCUCCCACCAAGCCCUCCUGGCCUGCAUCCCUCCCACCCCACACCUAGCCCAGGGCCGCUGCCCUGAGGGGCUGCAAGAGAAAGCCCACCCCAACUCUUACCAGGAGCUGCUACAGGCAGAGCCCAGCACUGAGAGUGUCUCCCUGCCUGCGCCAGGCCACGUACCCCCACUGAUCUGGAAGUGAAGGCCCAGGGCACAUGGGGGGAGGAGAGCAUUGGUGGUCGGAAAGAGUUAAUGCCUUGGGUAGGGGAGCCGGGACUCAUGACUGGGAGGGACAGGAAGGGGGCAUGACAGCCCUGCCCCAUCUGUGGGAGCCCGAGGGCCCAACUGGGGGCAAGCGCCCUCCCCACCAGCAGCCCCCAGAUGUGGGUCCGGGGCGCCUGGCCUCUGUGUCCUAGAAGGGACCCUCCUGUGGUCUUUGUCUUGAUCUUUCUUAAUAAACGGUGCUAUCCCCGCCA